AUGGGUUUCCUGAACACAGGAAUUCCAAACGAUACGGCUCCCGAUCCUCUGAAUAAUGCAAAUGUUCCCGAACUCGAGAAGUCACUUUUAAGAUGGAAACAAGAAUGGCUGGCCACCCAAUAUCCUGUUGAAUUACAGAAAGUGGUCAGAAGAAUCAUCGAUGAUCGAGAUGCACAACCCAUCUCCAAUGCCGUCUGCCUCGGUAUCAGUGGACAACAGGGAACACAAGACAGAGAUCUCUUGCAAUUUGUCGUAUUCUCUCAAAUCGUAGCUCAACUCGCCAAUGCAAAUCCAAUAUUACUCAGCAACAUCGUGGUCCAAGAUCCGCAGAUGACACCAGACAUGAGAGCUUUGUUCCUGAAUCAUGGAUGUCAGAUCAUGGAGUCUCCAGCUGCGUUUGCAGAAGUAGAACCGAAUACUUUUCUCUUCUCGCCGUUCGUCGAGCCGAUGUAUCUGUUUCUCGGUCUCAAGGACCAAUCAGUAGACAGGCUUGCAUUAUUCGUAGGAAAUGGAGCAGAUUUGGUAAGACAGGUCGAAAAUGGCGAGCCGGAUGAUGAUGAUAUCGUAGAAGAUAUGUUGUGGGAUGUAUAUUGUGAAUUCCGAGACCUUCCUUGUGAUAGGCCGAACGGGAAAGACUACAAUGACGCCGGGCCAAUGCAAGGGCUCCAAGGUUUAGACAUGUGGUGGCGAAAAGCUCGAACCAAUGAUGAACAUGGACAAGAUGAACGCUUCAGGUUUGCUGUCUAUCACGGUUUCACAAGCACGCGCGCAGAUUUCAAUAGUGCUUAUAACUUCGACUUCGGAUUGUUCUCGGAGGCUUUUCAGAACAGGGCGAUCUACAGCUUCAUUGCAGCCCUUUACAACCUUACUAAGAUUCUCUUUGGCUUAUACGUUGGUACUUAUGGGCCGGGGAGUAUUACAGAUCAACAGAAAAGAUACGAAACAGCUGUAAAUGAUCAUAUUCUCGAUGUGAAAGAGGGGCUUUUCUCAGGAAAGUUCAUUGAUUAUUUCAAGUCUGGUAGGAGACGGUGA